AUGACGAAGCACCAGAGGGCAUCGGCGGAGCAGCUCGUGUCCCUCUCCCUCUCGCUCUCCCUCGGCGCCGUCGCCGACCGCAGCAACAAGAGGACGCGCCACGCAGCCGCCGCAGCCGCCGGUGGGGAGUUCAUGUGCAAGACGUGCAACAGGUCUUUCCCGACGUUCCAGACGCUCGGCGGCCACCGCACCAGCCACCUCCGUGGCCGCAACGGGCUCGCGCUCGCGCUCACCGGGACCACGCCGGUGCCAGAGCACAAGAAGGCCACGGACCAAAAGCAGCAGGCGCACCAGUGCCACGUCUGCGGGCAAGGGUUCGAGAUGGGGCAGGCGCUCGGGGGCCACAUGCGCCGGCACCGCGAGCAGGAGGCCGCCGCCACCGCGGUGGCGCAGGCGCCGCCCGUCCUGCUCGAGCUGUUCGUCUAG